AUGGAAUAUCGUGGUUGUAUAAAAUUUUUAAAUAAUUUUCAAUCAUUAUUUGUUAAAACAUUUCUUUUAACAAUACGAAAUCCUGGUCGUACAAUUAUUGAAAUUUCAUUGGCUAGUGUAUUCAUUGGACUUUUACCAGCUAUGCGUUUUAUUCUUGAACGUAAAUAUAAUUCUGAGUAUCAAAUACCUCGUUUUGAUCCAAUAGAUUCAUUAUUAUCCAAUGGAACAGGUGAUACAAUGUAUUAUUAUCCAGAUAAUAUAUGUACAGAAACUAUUAUUUACAAUGCAGUAAACAAUCUUCGACGACUUAAACCUGAUUUUCCAUCUAAAAUUCAAUAUCUACCCGAUCCAACACUUUUAUCAACAGGAAAUUUUUCACUACUUUCCAUAUUUUCUUUUACUUAUUUUACGAAUCUCAAAUUAUGUACUGAUCCAUCAACAAUGCCCAAUAAAAUAGAAUAUACUCUACGCAUGCCAGAAAAUGGCCAGUUCUAUUAUCGUGCCCAAACAAUAAAAAUUUCCAAAUCUGUAUAUUUAUGGAAACGAGCUCCUGAAUCUUUUUGUCAAGAUAAGACUGGUUUUGAAAAUUAUACAAAUCGAUUUCUUGGUAUUCAAUAUGCGAUUGAUAUGUCAAUUAUUGAAUAUGUUACGAAUAAAACAAAUUUUUUUUCAAAAAAUGUAAAUAGAAUUUUAUUUCUAAUUAAUGAUCAUUUACAUUUUAAUACAAAAAAUAGAUAUUUUUUCAAUCAUUUUGGUUGUCCAAAAGUUUAUGAUGAUCAAUUAAAUUCAAUCUAUGAAUCAUUUGUUCCAAUAUAUUUUUCAAUGAUAUUUCUAAUAACAUUUAUUAUUAAUAUUGGUUAUAUUGUUGAAGAACGUGAAAACAAAACUAAAGAAUAUUUACGUAUUUACGGUCUUCAAACUUGGACAAAUAACUUCGUAUGGAUGUGCCGAUCAAUGUUAAUCUAUAUUAUAUUGAUUUCAAUUGCAACUGGCCUGAGUGUCAUGUCAAUACCAAGUUCUCAGCAAGAGAAAACAAGUAUUGAUCGAGCAAUAUUUAAUAAUACACACUGGACACUAAUAUGGACUGUUUUAUUUAUUUAUUCCAUUGAACUUUCCGCAUUUGGUAUUUGUUUUGCACAGUUAUUUAAACGUGUGUUAUUAGCAAAACUAAUGGGUUUUAUUCUAUGGAUAAUUACAUUCAUUGAUUUUUAUCGAGAUGUCUCAUCAGUUGGUAUUCGAUAUUUUUUAUGUUUAUUUCCAAAUUUAGGUUUAUUAUUUUCGGUGCAAAUUAUUUUACAAUAUGAGCGAAAAGCAACCGAACUAAUGACAUAUAAACAUUUGUAUUCGAAUUUAUUUUCAUAUCAACUAUACGUUGGUUUAUGCCUGCUUCUAAUGAUAAUUUAUUCGGCUUUCUAUUUAUUAUUAUCGAUCUAUAUUGAAAGGAUUAAUCCAGGAGAAUUCGGUCUUGCAAAACCAUGGAAUUAUUUAUUUAAAUGUUCGUCGAAAAAUUCAGAUAUUGAAGAAUUAACUCAAAAUGAUAAUAAUAAGAGUCAUUCGAGUGAAUUAUAUUCAAUGAAUGAGACAAAAAUUCCAUUGAUAAAAAUUUCAAAUUUAACAAAAAAAUAUAAAAAUUUUGUAGCAGUUUCGGAUUUAUCUUUGGAUUUUUAUUCAGGUGAAGUAUGUUCAUUACUAGGACCUAACGGAGCAGGUAAAACAACAAUAGCCUUUCUAAUUGUUGGAAUGUCACAACCAACAUCUGGUACGAUCACAAUUGAUGGAUUCAAUAAUUCGAUGUUUGAUGAAAAUACUAGAAAGCUCGUUGGAUUUUGUUCACAAUCUGAUAUUCUUUAUGAUGAAUUAUCUGUUGAAGAGCAUUUAAAAUUAAUUGGAAAAUUGCGUUCCAUGAAUUCUAUAUUUUUAAAAGAAUCGAUUGAAAAAAUUCUUGAUUUAAUUAAUUUAAAUGAAGAUCGGAAUACAUUGUCAAAAAAUCUAUCCGGUGGUAUGAAAAGACGUUUAUCUAUUGGUAUAUCAUUAUUUGGUGAUCCAAAAAUUCUUAUCUUCGAUGAACCAACAGCUGGCGUCGAUCCAUACAAUCGCCGUUUAAUUUGGACAAUUAUGCAGAAAAUGAAAGAAGCAGGAAAAUGUAUCAUUUUAACAACACAUUUUCUUGAAGAAGCAGAUGUUUUAUCUGAUCGAAUUGCUUUCAUAGCGAAUGGACGUCUUCAAAAAAGUGGCACACCUGAUUUUCUUAAAAAAUUUGAAUAUCGAUUUUUUAUUGAAAAAAACCAAAACUAUGAAAGUGAAGUUAUUACGAAAUUCGUUCGACGAUAUAUACCAGAUGUAAUACUAGAAAAAGAAUCACCAAUAGAAAUGAUUUUCGGUAUUAAAAGAAACCGCUCAAGACAAGUUGGUCGUUUAAUUUCUAAAUUGGAUAAAAGUAGAUUGAAUAUUGGAAUUGAAGACUAUGGAUUUUCAAUGAUUACAAUUGAAGAUGUUUUUCUAAAAUUACUUUGUGAACAUGAAGAAAAUCCAAUUCUAUCCAAUAAAAUCGAAAUUAAUCAUGUGUUUAAUAAUAAUUACGAAUAUGAAAAAGGCUUUCGUCUAAUGGUGUUUCGUCUAUUUGCAUUAUUAAUUAAGCGAUGGCAAAUUUUACGUCGACGAUAUAAUUUUCUUCUGGCAUUUUUCGUCUUUCCAAUUCUAAUUCAAAUUCUCAUUGUUAUUUUCAUUCCAUCACCACAAGAUAUUCAAGCAGAAUUUGCAGAUAAUGCUCACAUAAAAGAUGCUCAAAUUAAAUUUAAUCCAUCAAAUUAUAAUCCUCAUACUAUUGUGAUUUAUUCCAAUGAUAAUGAAACAUACAUUUAUAAAAAUUUAAUAAAUUCAUUUGAAAUGUCUGGUGCAAAUAUUGAUGAAAUUCAUACUGAUGAUAUACUUGAUUACAUUCACGAUAGAUAUUNACUUAAUUCAUUCAUUCAUAUGUUGAAAUUUUCUAAGAAACUUAUGUUUUCUAUGUAG